AUGUGUAAAGGUUCUACGUGUAAAGGUGCUACGUGUAAAGGUGCUAAGCGUAAAGCUGCUACAUGUAAAGGUGCUAUGUGUAAAGGUUCUACAUGUAAAGGUGCUACGUGUAAAGGUGCUACGUGUAAAGGUUCUAUGUGUAAAGGUUCUACGUGUAAAGGUUCGACGUGUAAAGGUUCUACGCGUACUAUGUGUAAAGGUGCUACGUGUAAAGGUGCUACGUGUAAAGGUGCUACGUGUAAAGGUUCUGUGUGUAAAGGUGCUACGUGUAAAGGUGCUACGUGUAAAGGUGCUACGUUUAAAGGUGCUACGUGUAAAGGUGCUACGUGUAAAGGUGCUAUGUGUAAAGGUUCUACGUGUAAAGGUGCUAUGUGUAAAGGUGCUACGUGUAAAUGUUCUACGUGUAAAGGUUCUGCGUGUAAAGGUGCUGCGUGUAAAGGUACUACGUGUAAAGGUGCUAUGUGUAAAGGUUCUACGUGUAAAGGUUCUACGUGUAAAGGUGCUGCGUUUAAAGGUGCUACGUGUAAAGGUGCUAUGUGUAAAGGUGCUACGUGUAAAGGUGCUAUGUGUAAAGGUUCUACGUGUAAAGGUGCUACGUGUAAAGGUACUACGUGUAAAGGUGCUAUGUGUAAAGGUUCUACGUGUAAAGGUUCUGCGUGUAAAGGUGCUGCGUGUAAAGGUUCUGCGUGUAAAGGUGCUGCGUGUAAAGGUACUACGUGUAAAGGUGCUAUGUGUAAAGGUUCUACGUGUAAAGGUUCUGCGUGUAAAGGUGCUACGUGUAAAGGUGCUACGUGUAAAGGUGCUAUGUGUAAAGGUUCUACGUGUAAAUGUGCUACAUGUAAAGGUGCUACGUGUAAAGGUGCUACGUGUAAAGGUGCUACGUGUAAAGGUGCUAUGUGUAAAGGUUCUACGUGUAAAGGUUCUACGUGUAAAGGUGCUGCGUGUAAAGGUGCUACAUGUAAAGGUGCUACGUGUAAAGGUGCUAUGUGUAAAGGUUCUACGUGUAAAGGUGCUACGUGUAAAGUCUUGGCCCACUUAAGUGGCGCCUUUGGAGCGGCGACCCUCGCUGCCAACCUCGGACUGGGGACCCUUGCAGCAGGCCCCGAACAGGUGGGAGACUCCAGCAGCGCCGACGUGAAGGGCGACUCCGGCAGCGCCGGCCCCAGCCGAUACAACGAGCUGCGAUGUAGCGCACCGGGCUACGCCUGCACACUGGGGACACCGUGCGCCUCACAGCAUAACACGGUGCCUGCCCGGUCCAUCUCUCGCCACGGUAAGCACGGGGAGUUGGCUCAGGUCUCCUACCUGACUUAG